GGCACUGGGCAGGAGAGGAGGAGACUCUUGGGUAGCUGGAAUAACAAUCAGUGUCUGCGCUUCAGAUGUUCUCACGAACAUCCUCCCGCGCUGGGACGGCGUCACACGGAGGGGAGCUGAGUGCAGGAGGGCUGCGGGGCUGCGCCGUGCUCCGGGGCCCGCGGACGGGCACGGGCAGUGUCGUGUCCUCGGGGGCGCCUGGCGGGCUCGGUCCUGCAGCCGCCAGGAGCUGGAGCUGCGCCGGGCAGCCGGGAGCACCGGGGCAGUGCUGGGGCCGGCUCUCGCCCUUGAACUGGCACCGGGGGGAUAUCAGCUUCACGCAGCUCCGUGGCGUUGCUCUGGUCUUGAGCUUUGCAUCCCCGUGGCCUUGCUGGGAGCUGCGAGCGUCGAGUUUCAGGGCCUGGACGCGAGGUGUCCUCUGGGCUCCCUUUGCUGUUGCUGCUUCGGGAGCUCUGACAGCAUCCUGGCUUCUGUCUGAUUCCAGCGUUUGUAACAAAGCCUGCGGUGAGCGAGUCUGAAGCUGCUUCCUCUGGGACAGGCUGUGCUGCUCCGGUCACUUGUGUGCAGUGGAACCGUGCCACGUUUGGACAGCUGGCCGCCUGCUUUUAGGUAUUUCUGCGGCCACCUGGGUGUGUAUCGGCGUGACACUCGGCUAGCAGCAAGAUGAACACGCGGGGAGGAGAUGCCCGCUGGGUUGGACGCUCGCUAGCUGAAAGCUGAAGCGUGGUCGCCUGUCGGUCUCCAGCCCAUGUAGAGCACAGCAGGAUGCGGGUGACCAUGAGGCGGGUGCUGCUGGCGGUGGGCUCGGUGGUCGCCCUGAUGGUGACUCUGCACCUUGGCCAGCAGGUCCUGGAGUGCCAGCAGGUCCUGAACAAGAGGAGGCACCGGCUGAUGAGGCCGGAGAACGAGGAGCUGGUCAUGAUGGACUCCAACCACGUCGAGUACCGCUACAGCAAGGAGAUGCCCCUGAUAUUCAUCGGCGGCGUCCCCCGGAGCGGCACGACGCUGAUGAGGGCCAUGCUCGACGCCCACCCCGAGGUGCGCUGCGGGGAGGAGACCCGCAUCAUCCCCCGCGUGCUGGCGAUGCGGCAGGCCUGGUCCAAGUCGGGCCGAGAGAAGAUGCGCCUGGACGAGGCGGGGGUGACGGACCAGGUCUUGGACGCCGCCAUGCAGGCCUUUAUACUGGAGGUGAUCGCCAAGCACGGCGAGCCGGCCAGGUAUUUGUGUAACAAGGACCCCUUCACGUUGAAGUCCUCCGUCUACCUGUCCAGGCUGUUUCCCAAUUCCAAGUUCCUCCUGAUGGUUCGAGACGGUCGGGCUUCGGUGCACUCCAUGAUCACACGGAAAGUGACGAUCGCGGGCUUUGACCUGAACAGCUACCGGGACUGCCUGACCAAGUGGAACAAAGCGAUCGAGGUGAUGUACUCCCAGUGCCUGGAGAUCGGGCGGUCCCGCUGCCUGCCCGUCUACUACGAGCAGCUGGUGCUGCACCCCGAGCAGUCCAUGCAUGCCAUCAUGAAGUUCCUGGACAUCUCCUGGAGCGACGCCGUGCUGCAUCACGAGGAGCUGAUAGGGAAGCCCGGCGGAGUGUCCCUUUCCAAGAUAGAAAGAUCGACAGACCAGGUCAUCAAGCCGGUGAACAUGGAGGCGUUAUCGAAAUGGAUCGGGCACAUCCCGGGGGAUGUGCUGCAGGACAUGGCCCACAUAGCUCCCAUGCUUGCCAGGCUGGGCUACGACCCGUACGCCAAUCCGCCCCACUACGGCCACCCGGACCCGCUGGUCGUCAACAACACGCACAGAGUUUUAAAAGGGGAAUAUAAAACGCCAGCCAACUUGAAAGGUCACCUGCAGGUGAUGCAGAACACAUCAUCUUCUCACUAAUAAAAUUAAUGAUUUCCAGGCUGCUGCGGACAGCGCCAGGAGGCCGUGGCCGGAGGCCGGUUGGGCGCUGGCGGCGCUGCCCGCGGACAGGACCGGCCGGGCGUGCCCCCGGCCCCCGCCCCCCGCCCCAGCCGGGGCUCCCCGGGCCUGGCGCCGGUACCGGCCCCGCUGUGGGGUCGCAGCCCGGGCCCGGCGGGGGCGGGCCGUAACGGCCCCCGCCGUGUACAGACUGUAUUUAAGAGUCUAUUAAUAUAUGCUGUGUUACUACA